GUGACUGCAAAUGUCACUGCAAAAUAUUUUACUUUCGAGGUUACAACAUUAUUAUUCUAAUUUUAUAUUAUUUUUAAGUUGAAGAUGAAUCUAAUAAGAAGCGGCUUAAAUCUUUUGGCGGCAGGAAUUCGGACACAAUGUUAUCAAAUACCAGCUGUAACUCAGCGUGUCUCCCCGGCAACAGAGGGCGCUGGCUCGCCGCUGGGCCUGCUCAGCCGCUGCAUGGCCUCACUGGCGCAGAUGCACCGCACGGGACCCCACAAAAAGAACAGGAAGUCUCGGAACCCGCUUAACGGAAACCCAUUUGCUAAGGGUGUAGUACUAAAGACAUUGAUUAGGAAGCCGAAGAAGCCGAACUCCGCGAACCGCAAGUGCGUUCUGACGCGGCUGUCCAAUGGCAAGGAGAUGAUCGCCUACGUGCCCGGCAUCGGACACAACCUGCAGGAGCACAACAUCGUACUUGUGCGCGUCGGCAGAGUGAAGGACUGUCCCGGCGUGAAGCUGAAGUGUGUGCGCGGGAAAUUCGACCUGUCGCAUGUCGUCAAACAAAAACAGUAGUGUGAGUGACUAUAUGUAAUUAUGUUUAGUUAUGCUGCAGUUAUUAUAUCACUUUAGUGUAAGGAAAA